UCGGUACGUCAAUCUUCUAGAUUUUUAUUUGAUUUUCUUUAAUCAUUGACUCUCACUUUAACGUAUUUGCCCGAUGUGGCAUAAUGCAGAAAAACGAGGAAAUUUCAGAUUAAUUAAAUGUUCUGAAUAUGACUGAGUGAUUUUGGUAAACUUGACCAAGAGAAACAAAGAAGAAUCUUUGAAUGCGAAUUCUGAAAUUGUUAAUUUUUAGCAGAUCUUAUGAGAGGUGUCAAUUUUCAAUUUAAGAGAUCUUAAUUAUCAUUUUUAAAAGUAUAAAAUAAUUAAGCUAUUACCAUGGAGAAGGUGGAAGACAUGACCCAUGCAUAUACCCUAUCGGAACCCUAUAUGGUCUCAGUGGAGGAAACUGAAGAUGAAGGGGAACACUUAACGGCGGAAAAUACGGACGAUUCAAAUCACGACGGAGACAAAAUGGGGGCGCCGUUAAGAGAACAAGACCGUUUUCUUCCCAUAGCUAAUGUAGCCAAGAUAAUGAAGAAAGCUAUACCCGAAAAUGGGAAAGUAAACAGCAAAAUCGCAAAGGACGCCAGAGAGUGCGUUCAGGAAUGCGUGUCCGAAUUUAUCAGUUUCAUUACCAGCGAGGCGAGCGAUAGGUGUCACAUGGAAAAGCGAAAAACCAUCAAUGGAGAAGAUAUUUUAUUUGCCAUGAGUACACUCGGGUUUGAUAAUUACGUGGAGCCUUUAAAAUUGUACCUGCAGAAAUAUAGAGAAGCUGUCAAGAGUGAUAAAAAUCUGAGCCAAGGGGAAUUAAUUUACGAGGAUAUACCGGAAGAGUCUUUUAACGCGUCAGUCGGAAAUGGUAUUAUUACUACCACCACAGAAAAUGGCGAACCAAGUACUGUAAUAUAUGCGUUCCAAGACAGCAAUCCCAUACAUCAGUUUCAACUUAGUUAAAAAAAAAAACAAAAUUUUAAUGGGAUAGAAUCUUGUUACUUCCCUGGAGUCUAAAAGUACUGAAGAGAGGAGGUGAAGUGAAAAUUCAGUAGAAAUAUCAUUCCAGAAUAAUAAUUCUUAAAUUAUUAUAAAGUCGUUUAUUUGGGUGUAAAAAUCGUGUUGCUAUAUAAUGAGUGAAAAAUUUCCUUAUCCUUUUGCUGCCCAUUUUUAGUUGUGUCUAAUGGACCGCCACAAAAAAAUUGCUUAUUUUUUUAAUGAAAAAUGUAUCCAUAAAAUCAUUCAGAAUGGCGAAAAAAAUAUAUCUUGUAAAUUUGAGCCCUUCAUAAUUAAUGGGAACAGAUCUAUGGUUUGCCAAACCAUUGAGCUAAAAAUAUUUACGUGGUUAAAUUUUUGUAGGAAAUUGAAUUUGCUAUAAAAAAAACUCCAAUUGAAAAUUGCGGUUUCCGAGAAAUUAUAGUUUUAGUAAAUAUUUUCUUUCAAUUAUCCUGAAACAUAAAUAAGUUUUUCCAAUUUAACUUUUUCGUUUUUUGGAAUUUUUUUACUAACAAACAACUCAACAUAUGGAAAAGAAGAAUACUGAUUUUUAAAGGGACUUUAAUGUUCUAUAAAAAAGGGGUCUCAAUAUUUUUUGAAAAACUAUUGUAGAAAUUUAAAUUCUCUAUAAAAAAAAACUCGAUUGAAAUUUUUCAUCAGACAAUUUCCAAGAAAUUAAGCUUUUAACAUAUUUUUAUUUAACUUUUUAAUUCUUUGGAAUUUUGCAAUUUACAACAACUCAAUACACGAGAAUUGAUUUUUAAGUAGAAUUUAAUGCUCUAGAGAAAAGGUCUCUUCAUAGUUUUUUUAUAAAGUUAUUUUCUGAAAAUUAUUAGCGAUUGAACUUGUGUUUUACUAAAUUUGCUAUUGAAAAUUUGAUAAUUAUUGAGUAAAAAA